AUGCUGGAGCCCAGCGUCAUUUCAGCUUCACGAGCUGCAGACAUGGCGACGACGCUGACAGUGGUCCAGCCGCUCACUCUGGACAGAGAUAUUGCCAGAGCAAUUGAACUACUGGAGAAACUUCAAGAAUCUGGAGAAUUACCAGGACACAAGUUACAGUCACUUAAAAAAGUACUGCAGAGUGAGUUUUGUACAGCUAUCAGAGAGGUAUAUCAAUACAUGCAUGAAACCAUAAAUGUUAAUGGCUGCCCCGAAUUCCGUGCCAGGGCUACUGCCAAGGCAACAGUUGCUGCAUUUGCAGCUAGUGAAGGGCAUUCUCACCCCCGAGUGGUAGAACUGCCAAAGACGGAUGAAGGCCUUGGCUUUAAUGUAAUGGGAGGAAAAGAACAAAAUUCUCCUAUUUAUAUUUCUCGCAUAAUUCCUGGAGGAGUAGCUGAGAAGCAUGGAGGACUCAAACGGGGAGACCAGCUGCUUUCUGUUAAUGGAGUGAGUGUGGAGGGAGAACAUCAUGAGAAGGCAGUGGAGCUUCUGAAGGCUGCUAAGGACAGUGUGAAGUUGGUGGUGCGUUACACUCCCAAAGUUUUGGAUGAGAUGGAAGCUCGCUUUGAAAAACUGAGGACAGCACGGCGCAGACAACAGCAACAGUUGUUAAUUCAGCAGCAACAGCAGCAGCAGCAAAAUGCACAGCAAAAUCAUAUGUCAUAGAUGGCUCUCAAGAAAGACUUUCUAAAUCAAGAAUUUAACAACUCAAAGCUGUGCUUUGUAUUCCAACUUUACAGUAAAGAGCAACAGCAGUGAGAAUACAGCAACUGUGUUCACCAGCAAACUGUGAAAAGUACAAUAAGAUCAGUUUGGCAAAUCAGCAGCAUAAUAAACUCUUCAUGUGAUUUUUCCAAGAAUUGAAGUCUUAGGAUGAAAGGUUUCUUUGAUUCCUCUUUUAUAUGGUAAGGUUAUCAAAAUAACAACUUGUUAGCAAAAUUCAAGAAUAUUCUGAGAAAUCACAUUCAUGGCUUAUGAAUGAAUGAAUGAAUGUAUAUGUGGUCCAAUACAUAUUCUUUAUAGUGAAACUCCAAUGGGAAUUUGCCAAAACAAUGUAAGAUGGGUCCCCAUCAAGAAUGAAGACUGUCCUGAGUUUGUAGCCCUAAUGCAGCCGUCAUCUCGCUUUUAAACUAUAUUUAUAUGUGAUAGACUACAUAUAGGGAAGUACAUUAGAUUGAAUAUUCCCAUGAAAAGCAAUGUAUUACGGACAAAUGGGCUCCAUAUUUGCAUGAUUUCCCUUUUUUAUCCAUGGUUCCUUAUCUAGCACCAAGCAAUAUAUAUGAAAAAGUCUGCUUUCAUAUAUGGAUGUCUCCUUAUCUGAAUUAAGGCCUGUAUGUGAAAUGAACAACCUGAGGAAAAUAUUGCAUUGACUUACGACAUGCUAUUAUCUUGCAUAAUGUUCUCCCUUCACAAUCAUGUACAGUUGUCACAACCAAAUUAUCAUAAUUCUCUAUUUUUCCUUUUGCAUAAUUCUCCUCUUUUUCCUAGUUACAAUGUUUUGUUGAUUAAUCAGCUGAUGAGGUGUGGGAUGGAAAGGAGAAUGUUAAUUACUUGUAAUGUGAUUACUUAUAACUCGUGGUAGGUAUUAUCCUAAAGCACUAAUCCAUCUUCUCCCUCACAUAAAGAUAUGUGAAGGAGAUAUGCAGAUAGUAAGAAGGAAUGAUGAUGCUUUUGGUUCAGUGCAUAUUAUGUCACAAGCUUAAAUUGACUGAAACAGAUGAGAUUUUUUUUUAAGCUGUUUAGUUUUAGGCUUCAGAACCAUUCCAUGAAACUUACUCCUGGGUAAAAAUGUGUAGGUUUGCAGUCAGAAUCAUAUAUAUCAGAUGGGUUGGGAUUGUCUUUAGCCAUUCUGAUUGGAAAUUCUGGUAAUUUCAGUCUGAAUACAUUUGGUGAACAUUAGAUUGGAGGUAGCUGCUAUACCUUUGAGUCAAUCCUACUGAACUCAAAAAGACUUAGUUCUGAGGAGACAUAUAUAGUAGGCUGUGCCAGGUAACCACACUUUGCCUUGAGAUAGGA